UGAGGGAAUUGUUUUUUUCCCCCAGAACUUUUGGUUGAUAGUGUAAUAUUUAGAUGUAGUCUGAUGGUCCUUUCUUUGGUGUGGUUUGGUUUAAGCUAAAUAUAGUCACAUCUGAACUUAUACAACAGAAAUGUUUCUGAGAAAUUGUGGAUAAAUUCAUUUUCAGUAAGUCAAGUAAUAUAAAAAGCAUCAGGAAAACUUGUUAAUUGAGUUUAUCCUAAUGUUCCUGGUCACCCGUUUUCUUUAAUAGACACGGGGUGGUGACAGCCAUGCUUCGAUUUAUCUCUUUCGUAAAUUAGGUUUUUGUUGUCGGUGGUGGUGGGGUUUUCUGUGUCUUAAACUUGGCGGCUCGAUUCUCAAUGGAAAAACUUUAAACCGUGUUUGGUUGGUGAUUUGUUGACAAUUCCUAACCGAAAACCUGCCACUCUGCUUGAAAUUUGAAAUCCCUUGGCCAGGGAGAUGUUUUUCUCAGAAUGUAUCUUUUGGAGGACCUCAAGAAGUUAAUUAUUCUGGCAAGAAGUCCGUUUUUUAAACUUUUUGGAUCAUUGCAGUAUUAUGCUGAUGUAUCUAAAAAAUGGAUUCUGUGUUGAAUAACUGUAGAGUCCUGGCAGAUAUGAGCAUGUCAGAUGUCUUGGCACUGUUUUGGGGCAGAGGGGACUUUCCCACUUCUUUAUGUAAUCCACCAUCAUAACAUGUGGGAGUUUUAUGAAAUGUCUUCUAUUAUACUGAACUACUUAGCUUUUCAUACCAUACACGCUGCUCAGUGAAAACAAUCUCUCUGUAUGUCUGCAUAUGUUUAAAAGAAAUGAAAAAGAAAAGUGCAAUAUAAGAAAUUUCUGAAGUUUGCAGUGGUGGUUAUUUUUAGCCAUGUUCAUGUGUUCCAAACCAUCCCUUUUAAGUCAAUUGAUUGGAACUUGGAACAGAGCUUCCCAUAGAAACAAUAGUACAGUAUAUGUGGCGGACAUAUUUCAGAGUAGCCUUCAAAGAUCAUUUAACCCAUCAUUUACUAGCAUGCUUUGUAGUACAACGGGCAGUGAUAUAUAUAUAUAUAUAGCCUGUCAAAACACUGUUUAAUGAUGUAAAACCUGUAGUUUCAAUGCUAGGAAUUAAAUAAAACCGAAAAAAUUAAAAAAGGAGUAAGGAAUAAAUUUUAUUUCUUUUAAAAAGUGGCUUUUGAGGAAAAGUAGUUUUCAAGAGACUCGGUGGUAUGGUAGAAGAGCCCCAGGUGCCCCUGAAAAUGUGCUACUUAGCAGUUUGGGUAUCUUGGACAAGUGAAUCAUCCUCUUGAGCCUCAGUUUCUUCAGAUGUCAUGAAGGGUUGUGAAGAGCAGAGUAGAUUUUGCACAUAAAGUUUGUCAACUGUAAAGUCCUAUGCAAAUGUAUAAUACACAUUGUUUUUUUCCUAAAUUAUGAAAAUCCUGUGUCCUGGCCUUUCUUUUUCUUGACGCUCCUACAUUAGGAGCAAAAGUGUUUAUGUUGAACAAUCUAGUAGAGUCUUGUUUAGCUCACGAAUAUAGUAAGUGCAUGUUAUUUUCAUUCCCAUAGAUGACAGAAAUAUUUGCUUUUUCAAGACAGUUGAUUGGAACUUUCAAAGUGUUCUCUCUCUUAGUUCUCAUUUUCCUAGGCUCCAAAUCUCUCCUGUGCUUUCCUUGUCUGAAUAUCUCUUUCUUAAUCACCUUCUCAAGUUUCAGGUUACAGACUAGGGCUCACACUCCAAGCCCUGGCCUCUCUCUGACCUGUGUCUCUGGCCUCAGACCAGCCCCAUGCCGCCAGGCCCUGCAGUUGACCAGGUCUUCUGUUCAAGGUCUCAUUAGAGUCCAAACAGAGGCAGCCUGUCUGGAGGGAACACAGCCUCCCAACAGGAUUUGUGAGGUGACUGGAGGCCCUCCCUGAUGCCAGGAGUAAAACUAGAUAUGCUGUAAGCCUAAUCCCCCCAAACCCAAGGAGCGUUUCUGGUAGAAGCAGUGUUAGAAGAAAGAGAGACUCGGCUGCAAUUGCAGACCAAAGCUUCCCCAUUCCCUGCCUUAUUCAUAGGGGGGUGGAGGAUGGUUGGGAGGAAAAUGGAAAAAGCCAUAUUAAAGUAUUACUUUUGUGUCAAAAUUAUACAAAUCAAGAAACAGAAUAACAGCAUUGAAUGUGGGGAGAGGACUUAGAGAUCCAGGAAGUGCAAUUUAUUAAUUUUGGAGUGGAGAAAUCUUAAGUUGGAUAGGUUAACUGAUUUGCAAGUAUCCCCUGCCUUCUAAUGCUGAGUCCUUUCAUGGGACACACCCUUAAGACAGUUCUUGUGGAUCUUGUCGCCUCUCUGUUCUCUGUGUGAGGUUGCCACUGAGUUAGCUUAACUAUAUGCUGAGACCCUAGGAUCUAACAGUGUGCAAAGACUAGAAAUGAAGUUGGAGGUAGCCUAGUAUACCAACCGCCCCUGAUUCCUCCUGCCCUCCACAGGCAGAAUUAGUGAUAUUCUAAUAAUUACUAAGCAAGACAAUUUGUAGAAACUGUGGAGACAACUAGAAAUACAAUUUCUGCUGUUUCGAAGUUCACAAUACUCUGUAAUAAUGUUAUGUCAAUAGGGGGAGCCCAUUCCGGACUAUGCAUUGAACUGAGUAUUAGCAUACUGGAUUCUAGUUUAAUUUCUUCCACUGAAUUUCUUCCAUACCCUGGUUAAGACUUAGAAGAAAAUCAUUGAACUCUUGGGCCUUUGUUUUCUUAUCCAUAAUCCAGAAGAUUGAAUCUUAAAACCCCCAUAUCUGUAUAUUCUGAGUCACAGUCUCAUGAUACUUUUUAAAAUUUUUAAUCAUCAAAUUUUGGAUCCCUUCUAUUCUUUCUAUUUCCAGAUAUUCUUGGCUAAGCUGUAAAAGCAAAUUAAUUUAUAUGCUGAUGUGUCAAGCAACUUAGCAAUUUAUAGAACCACAGGCUAGAAUGGGUCUGGAAAUAUAUAAUGGUUCACUUCUUUAAUUUUAAGGCAGAACUACAUCCCAAGCUUAUGUAAAAUAAUUUGGGUUAUUAUAUACUCCAGCACUGUGGUCCCCAACCCUUGGGCUGCAUCCCGGUACCAGUCCGCAGCCUGUUAGGAAAUGGGCCCAUCACCGCCUGAACUCUGUAACACCCCCAUUACACAAACCCCUAACCCCUGGUCCAUGGAAAAAUUGUCUUCCAUGAAACUGGUCCCUGGUGUCAAAAAGGUUGAGGAUCGCCGAUCUAGUAGGUCUGCCUAAAAUGGAAUAUAACUGCUUUUGAAAAUGCAAAGACAGUAAAUUAGAGGAUUAUUAUUACAAAAGAACUUUUGACUCUACAAAGGAAUUUAACCGCAGAAUUCUUUUCAACAGUGAGUUCCUCUAGUGCAUUUAAAAUGUAAUAUGAUUUGCAGAUGUUUAGUUUAUGUGUACCAGACAUAUAUAGUUGUGUAUAUUUACAGUCCGUAGUUCUUGCAGCAGUGCCAAGUAUAUGCACACCAGACAUGCUUUCUCUUAACUAAUUGUGGGAAUUUCCUAUGGUUUGAGAGUGGGUUUUUUUGCUGUUUUGUUGGAAUUUUACUGACCUGUCUUCCCUCCCUCCCCAUGUUCCUCCCGGUAGCCUAAGCAGCAUUCAUUUGUAAAAUGAUUGGUUGAAAUAUGAGAGAUCAUCUCUGGCUGUUGGAUAAGUCACCCUUUUAGGGGAUGAACCUGUGACUGAGGAGGUAGGACUUUCUGUAGUGGCAGGAAAAUGAGCCACGUACAAACAGAUUCAAGUUCAGAUGCCAGCACUACCUCUCAGUAGCGUUAAGCAAGUUACUGAACCCCUCAGAAUCUGGUUUUCAUCUGCAAUAUAGGAAUAAUGAUAAUAAUGCUUAUACCAUAUGAUAAAUGAGAGCAUUUGCCUUUUCUGAAAAGGCUGACACAAAUAGGUACUCAACGAAAGUGAGCUUCUUGCCCUUCCCUUCAAAUCCAGGGAGCAGCCAUAAAGCAGUCCCAGAACUACAGCUCUGGGAGUUGCAGUGUCUGUGGCCUCCCUGAGGUGUUAGGCAGGCAGGCUGGAGGUUCUAGGAGGAUCACUAUGGUAUGGCUUGGUGUGGUGGUUCAGCCCUUGGCCUCUGGAGCCCAAGAGCCUGUGUUCCAGUCUACCAACUCUCUGUGAUCUUGAAAUGUCUCUUUCAGAUCAAUUUCCUGAUCUGCAAACUGAGGCUCAUAGCAUUUACCUAAUUGGGUUGUUGGAGAUUGAGGGCAUUAAUUUGUGUAAAGUGCUUAGAACAGUCCCUGGCACGUAGCAAGCACAUCUUGGUGCUUGCUCUAGUCUGUUAUGGGGAGGAUCAUUUUGUUGUUAAAGUUCAGCGCAGACUAUUUUUUAAAAUUGUGUGGAAAGACUACAGGCUUUCUAAAGACAACUGGUAUUUUCAGUUGAGGAAGCUCUUGUUUCUGAACAGUACUUGGCCGGUUUCUUUUACAGGAGAUAUUAUAGCUUUGCUCUGAGAAGCCUGCCCUAGAGCCUUUCAUCUCUUCCACUCUCUCUGCAUGUCCACUCUGUACGGCUUUUGUUAUUAAUGUGCAGCAGUUGAAGUCACUGACUUGGGUGCAGGCCAGGCCAGCAUUACUGAGGUCAUAUAUUACUUUCCUAGGCUCUAGCCAUGAACAGGAUGUUGGAGUCAGAAGUGCGGGGAAGCUGCCUUUUUAGGCAGCCCACAUGAAAGGCAUGGAAGAGGAGAUGGUUUGUGUUACGCAGUGGUCGUUUAACCGGAGAUCCAGAUGUCUUGGAAUAUUACAAAAAUGAUCAUGCCAAGAAGCCUAUUCGUAUUAUAGAUUUAAAUUUAUGUCAACAAGUCGAUGCUGGAUUGACAUUUAACAAAAAAGAGUUUGAAAACAGCUACAUUUUUGACAUCAACACUAUUGACCGGAUUUUCUACUUGGUAGCAGACAGUGAGGAGGAGAUGAAUAAGUGGGUUCGUUGUAUUUGCGACAUCUGUGGGUUUAACCCUACAGAAGAAGAUCCUGUGAAGCCACCUGGCAGCUCCUUACAAGCACCAUCAGAUUUACCGUCAGCUGUAAAUGCAGCAGCACCAUCCACCCAGGUGGAUGCGUCCUCCUCCGCUGCUCUACCUCCUCCGUAUCAGCUCAUCAGUGUCCCGCCACACCUGGACGCUCUCGGCCUCCAGGAGGAUCCUCAAGACUACCUCUUGCUAAUCAACUGUCAAAGCAAGAAGCCUGAACCCACCAGCCAAGGGUCAUCUUUUGUUUCUGAAGAAGGAGAGGAAUACCUACUACUAGAAGAUUUUGAAAGCAAAACGAUUCCAUUGCAAACACAUGCUGAUUCUGCAAAAUCCACGUCUUCUGAAACAGACUGCAAUGACAACGUUCCUUCUCAUAAAAAUCCUGCUUCCUCCCAGAGCAAACACGGAGUGAAUGGCUUUUUUCAGCAGCAAAUGAUGUAUGACUCUCCACCUUCACGCGCUGUGUCUGUUUCUGUCGACUCCAGCCUCUAUUACCUGCCCAGGAGCUAUUCCCACGAUGUUUUACCAAAGGUGUCUCCAUCAAGUACCGAAGCAGAUGGAGAACUCUAUGUUUUUAAUACCCCAUCUGGGACAUCAAGUGUAGAGACUCAAAUGAGGCACGUGUCUAUCAGUUAUGACAUUCCUCCAACACCCGGUAAUACUUACCAGAUCCCACGAACAUUUCCAGAGGGGACCUUGGGACAGACGUCAAAGCUGGACGCUAUUCCAGAUGUCCCUCCACCUCGGCCACCGAAACCACACCUAGCUCACGACCGGUCUCCUGUGGAAACGUGUAGUGUCCCGCGCACGGCCUCAGAUGACAAUAGUCACUGUGUCCCCACAGCUGGGAUGCCGCCGUCGCGGAGUAACACCAUUUCCAUUGUGGAUCUGAACAAACUGCGAAAAGAUGCUAGUUCUCAAGACUGCUAUGAUAUUCCACGAACAUUUCCAAGUGAUAGAUCUAGUUCACUUGAAGGCUUCCAUAACCACUUUAAAACCAAAAAUGUGUUGACAGUGGGAAGUGUAUCAAGUGAAGAACUGGAUGAAAAUUACGUCCCGAUGAAUCCCAACUCACCACCACGACAACAUUCCAGCAGUUUUACAGAACCAAUUCAGGAAGCAAAUUACGUGCCAAUGACUCCAGGAACAUUUGAUUUUUCUUCAUUUGGAAUGCAAGUUCCUCCUCCUGCUCAUAUGGGCUUCAGGUCUAGCCCAAAGACCCCUCCCAGAAGGCCAGUUCCUGUUGCAGACUGUGAACCACCACCUGUGGAUAGGAACCUCAAGCCAGACAGAAAAGGUCAAAGUCCUAAAAUUUUAAGACCCAAACCCCAUGGUUUAGAGCGAACCGAUUCACAAACCAUAGGUGACUUUGCUACACGAAGAAAGGCCAAGCCAGCACCCUUAGAAAUAAAACCUUUACCAGAAUGGGAAGAAUUACAAGCACCAGUUAGGUCUCCCAUCACUAGGAGUUUUGCUCGAGACUCCUCUAGGUUUCCCAUGUCGCCCCGACCAGAUUCAGUGCAUAGCACAACCUCAAGCAGUGACUCGCAUGACAGCGAAGAGAAUUAUGUUCCCAUGAACCCAAACCUGUCCAGUGAAGACCCAAAUCUCUUUGGCAGUAAUAGUCUCGAUGGAGGAAACAGUCCAAUGGUCAAGCCCAAAGGAGACAAACAAGUGGAAUACCUAGAUCUAGAUUUAGAUUCUGGAAAAUCCACUCCACCACGUAAGCAAAAGAGCAGUGGCUCAGGCAGCAGCGUAGCAGACGAGAGAGUGGAUUAUGUUGUGGUUGACCAACAGAAGACCCUGGCUCUAAAGAGCACCCGGGAAGCCUGGACGGAUGGGAGGCAGUCCACAGAGUCGGAAACACCAACCAAGGGUGUGAAAUGAAAAUACUGCUUUGCCACUUAGGAACAAAAGAGAACUGAAUUGUACAGAUAAAUCUUGUCUGAAGAUGACUUGACACUUCUACUCUAGGUAGAUCCUCAGAUGAGUAGAGUUGAAGUCAAAGGACCUUUCAGGCAUAAUCAAGCAAUUUAGACUUAAAUAUGGUGCUUUGUGGUAUCUGAACAAUUCAUAACAUGUAAAUAAUGUGGGACAAUAGUAUUGUUUAGCUCCCAGGGAAACAUUUGUUCUAUAGUUAACACACUUGUAGUAUUACUGUAUUUAUGCACUUUUUCAUUUAAAACCUUGUUUUGGGUAUUCCCAGUGUACAUUAACAUAAUUCCUUUGGGAGUUCUUGUUUUUCUUCACACUACCUUAUAUAACAGUACUAAGUUAACUAAGCUACUUUUAGAUUUGGAAAUUGCUGUAUAAACUACAGUCUAACAUUAAAAUGAGAGGUGGAUUCACAGGUUAGCUUUCCACGGGAAGCUUCAGGUGGUAACCAUUAGGUUAAACUACAGAGUAUAGUUGGACUCAUCAUUCAUUGCCUUCCAAAAUGCUGAGGAUAAUGUAUGUACCAGUGUCAGGACCUAGUUCUCUGAUUUAUGUGCAUUUAGUUUUUAAUGGUGGAACUUUGUUAUAUUUUGAUAAUGACAGCAUUUUUGGUUCAUUGAGUGAAGAUUCUGCUGGGUAGGAUCUCGCGCCUUUGAAAGACUGAAUAAUUUACACUAUCAAGUAAGCCUGCAAAUCAUUGAUGGCCUUUAGCAAUGAUGUGCUCUUGUACUUGUUAACAUGUAUUAAAUGUUAUUUGCAAAAGGUAGAUAAAUAAUCAGGUACGUACCAGGCACUGAUGUGCUAACACACUGAUCAGGUUAGACAAUGAGCAUUGGUUGUGUUCUUGUUAGUCCUAAUAUUGGUUUCCAGUUUGGAAUUAAUGAAACAGUUGACAUUCACUGUUAGUUAUAGCAACAUACUGUGAUUUUUAGUUAGUCAGUAAUUCAGAUUUAUUACUCUGAGAAUGAAAUCCUAUCUUUUGACACCAUAGUGCCCUUUCUAUGAUUUUUUUUUUUACUUAAUAUUCUUCUUGGCCUUAUAUUUAAAUCCCUAUGCAAUUACUAUUUUAUAUCUGCAUUUUUUUUAAAAAAUAGAUGUUAUAUAAGUGAUUCUCAUAUGUAGCACCUGUUGCUUUUCCCAUAAAAUAAUUAAAAGUUUUGUACUGUGAUUUAUAUUCACUACCCCAAUUCAAGAACUAUUGGAGCCUUGCUGUAAUGUGAAAUCUUAUACUCAUGGACCCCUUCCAACCAAAUUUCUGAAACCACCAGAGGGAGGGUAUAAUUCUUUCUCACCUGUAACAUGCUACACAUGCCCUGUGAUAUGUAUAGCAAGACCACAAAUUAUAGUGAGGCUACAGUUCUAUUCAUCUGUCUUGGCUUUGCAACACAAUUUAGGAAGUUGUUUGCUUAUUUUUUAAUCAAGUUACAUACAAUCUCUUACAUAUUGAUGUGAGACUUACUAACAGAUUUAGGAGGGGGCAGAUAUAGGAGUACCCAUAGCUAAGGCAUAACUCCCGCCAUUCCAACCUCUAACUGUUGCCUGAGUACACAGAUGUGUCCUGAUUUCUGGCCUGUUGGCCAUAGUACUGUGCCUAAUCAAUGUACUAGGUUUAUUUCCCCAAUCCACGAACUAAAAAUGUUCAUAAUAAGAUGAACUGUAGGCUAGUAACAUGUGAUGCUUCUAAAUGUCUGUUUCUUUUUAAACAAAAACUAAAACCCAGAAGUGAAUUUUGAGGUGAAUUUUUAAAUAAAAAAAAGAUUGUUUGAG